AUAACCGGUGUUGAUUUCUUGUACUUCAAACAGAAGAAUUCAUUGGAUAGGCGGAAACGUACGCUUAUUAUAGAAGCGACAAAUGUCUCACUCGCACCAAGGAUUGAUGCCAAAGAAACAUGCUUCUAUUACGUGCACCCAGAAAACAAUAAUUGGACUUGUUUCGAGCAAAGUGCCUCGUUGGAUGUGCAGUCACUGCUUGGUCUCGAAUCUACAGUUGAAAAGAUAGCUGUAAAGCACUAUGCUGCAACUCUUGCCAAGGGAAAAGAGAUACUGGAGUUUUUCAUUGAUGAGUUGAUCAAGAGUGGAGUAACCUUUAUUCCGCCGUACAGCGAUACAACGGAAUCAGCAGCAGAUUCGGCGAUUGACGUCUCGCGACCCGGUGAUGAAGAAGAAAAAGAAAAGGAGGGUGCUGAAAUAAUGAAGCAUUGCAGACGUUCAUCCUUUUUGUUGCGCUUUUUUUUUGUUACCGAAUAUCAGAACAGGGCUCUCUCAUCACUCCAGUUUUGA